CGACUUUCAUUCGCCGCAACCACUGCAGGAGCAACCUUUUUCUGAUCUUCAAGAGCAAUCCCCUCGCAACAUGUGCAAGCUGAGUCUCUGUUUGGUGGUGGCCCUCUUCGGCUGCCUUGUGGCCGCCAGUCCCGCCCGCCAGCUGGAUGGCACCACCUUGCGCGAGAUCACCGUGGUCAAGGAUGUUCGCUCGUUUGCCGCCACGCGGCCGGGGCUCAAGAUACAGCGUCUGACCAAGCAGCCGGCCAUCGCUCGCGGCGGCGUCGAGUCUGUGCGCUACACUCUCGGCUCUCGCACCACCGGCGACGGCUUGGUGGCCCAGGGCGCCGAUGUCUUCUCCUAUCCGAGCUCGCAGGAUGUGAGCGUGCAGCUGACAUACCCAGAGGAGGGCGCUGGAGCGAUUGUCACCUACGUGGAGCUGAUCUGCACACAGGACAACAGCGAGGGCAACGCCUACGUGGUGGCCGGCGGCAUUGGUCAGCGAUUCAUUUCGAUCAUUCUGGAGGCCAGCCAGACCCGAAACUUCUCCUACCAGGCCCAGUACUAUGGCCAGAAGUAGGAUCGACCAUGUCGCAUGACACCAAAUAUAUGUAUCUAUAAAUGUUGAAA